CGGGACACCCGGUCGCGAGCGUAUGUGCGCGCCCGCAGCUGCCGUGAGGCGGGGGGCUGCGCGCGAGCGGUCGCGAGUUCGCCGCUCGGCCUGCUGCGGACAGGCUCGCGCGCCCUGGCGGCCGCUGCGGCCACCGCCGCCAUCAUGUCCGCCGCCAUCGAGCAGGAGUUCCAGGAGAUCGACGCCACGAACGACUGGCAGGCGCGUUAUCUGGAAAUCCGACAUAAAUCCAGUGACUACCCUCACAGAGUUGCAAAAUAUCCAGAAAACAGAAAUCGAAACAGAUACAGAGAUGUUAGUCCAUAUGAUCACAGUCGUGUAAAACUCCAGAACACUGAGAAUGACUAUAUCAAUGCCAGCCUAGUGGUCAUAGAAGAAGCCCAGAGAUACUAUAUUUUAACACAGGGUCCACUACCUAAUACAUGUUGCCAUUUUUGGCUAAUGGUAUGGCAACAACAAACCAAAGCAGUUGUCAUGUUGAACAGGAUUGUUGAAAAAGAGUCGGUGAAGUGUGCACAAUACUGGCCAACAAAAGAAGAGGAAGUUAUGGCAUUCAGUGAAACAGGUUUCCGUGUGAGACUAGUGUCUGAAGAUGUCAAAUCGUAUUACACAGUGCAUCUACUGCAAUUAGAAAAUAUCAACAGUGGUGAGUCCAGGAUGAUCUCUCAUUUUCAUUAUACUACAUGGCCAGACUUUGGAGUUCCUGAAUCCCCAGCUUCAUUCCUGAACUUCCUGUUUAAAGUCAGAGAAUCUGGUUCAUUGAGUCCCGAACACGGACCUGCAGUAGUUCACUGCAGUGCGGGAAUAGGACGUUCCGGCACAUUUUCGUUAGUAGAUACUUGUCUUGUUCUGAUGGAGAAAAAAGACCCAUUUUCUGUAGAUAUUAAGAAGGUAUUACUGGAUAUGAGAAAAUAUCGAAUGGGACUUAUUCAGACUCCUGAUCAACUAAGAUUUUCAUAUAUGGCUGUAAUAGAAGGAGCAAAAUUCAUAAUGGGGGAUUCAACUAUACAGAAACGAUGGAAGGAGCUCUCUAAGGAGGACCAAGCACCAAGUUCCGAGCAGUCUCCUCCACACCCAAUCAAAGUAACCACAGAGAAGUACAAUGGGAACAGCAUAGGCCUGGAGAACAAAGAUCAGAUGGAGAAAAUAAACACUGACCUGUCCACUAAAGUUCAAGAUAUCACAGAUGGGAACAUUGAAAAUUCUGUACGAAAACGACUGCGGGAGGAUAGAAGAGCAAACACAGCACAGAAGCUGCAGCAGAUGAAGCAGAAGCUAAAUGAGACUGAAAGAAAAAGAAAAAGGUGGUUAUACUGGAAACCUAUUCUCACUAAGAUUGGGUUUGGUACACUGAUUUUAGCUGGUGCUUAUUCUUGCUGGAAAAUGUAUUUUCAAGAACAUUCCUUGCCGAGACUGACUGACACCUAAGCCUUCGAGACUUGUGAAUAUUCUGCAGCUAUAAACUGCAAAUUAUUGACAUGCAAAGCGAGACAUGACCCCCCUCUUCGGGAACAAAAAGUGAGGUCUGUUAAGUACCAAGAAGACCUCAGUUAUCUGUUUACAGCGUAAACUGCACCGAGGGGAUGAAGACCACCAGCAGCGUGUACCACUUUGCAAAACAAAAUAAUAUGCCAUCUUUUGUUUUUAUAAUGCCUGUAUUAAUGUAGAAAGAUGUAAAAGAAAUAAAUUAGGAAGUAUUUUGUUUUGUACUGCCA